AUGCAGACCAGCUGCGGAGGACGGCGGCAGGCGGCCCCUGGGGCGGGAGAGGUGGCGGAGCUGGGAGGUGCACAGCCCGGAGUAGAGGCGCGGCGUCAGUGCCGGGAGAAGCAGCCGAGGGCGGCCCCCAAGGAACGAGGCCUGGGAGAACGGCGCCAACAUAGGCCCCGCAAAGCCACACUCAAAGGUGGGGCCGGGGACCGCCGCCGUCUUCCUCAAGCCUCCGCGGGGGCCGCCAUGCCCGCCUCCAUCACGCGCAGGCGCAUCUACCAGGAAGGCUUGGGUGGGCGGAGUCAAGAGCCGGAAGUGCCCCGGCGCACCGGUCUUCCCCCGAAACCGGCCAGCAGGAACUGCUCUGAGGUGCCGCUUCCAGCCGUAACGCUGGGUUGCUGGGCAACCGGUGCGGGUGGCGCCGGCGGGCUCAGUGCUGCACCGAGUAAGCCGAGCGUAGCUCCCACCUCCUGCCCUGGCAACUUCCCGUCCCGCCCGCUUCCCUUCUUGCCGCCUCUCCUUGCGUCGCGGAAUCCCUGCCCUUGGCACUACGUGCACCUCUCCGGCUCCCACGACACUUUCGUGCCCACCUGCUUCGAAGCCAAGCUUCACCGAAAGCGAAGCGGUCUGACCCUGGGCGUGGCCUGCACGUUGACGGACCGCGCCUCUCCGGCCAUGGCCACCUACACCUACACCAGCCAGCCCCGGGCCCUGCCUUGUCAGCGCCGCCGUUACCGGGACGACCAGAUGCAGCCAGCUGAAGAACCUAUGCGUUACGGAAACAUAAUGUAUGACAGAAGAGUGAUCCGAGGCAACACUUAUGCUCUGCAGACAGUACCACUGCCUGGGCAGCCCGAUCCUGCAGAGAUUCAGAGACAGCAGCAGGCUAAGAGGAGGGCUCUUGCCAAAAAACGAGCCCAAGAACAGCUCAGACCACGAACGCCCGAACCCGUGGAAGGCAGAAAGCAUGUAGAUGUGCAGACAGAAUUAUACCUUGAAGAAAUUGCUGACCGCAUAAUAGAAGUUGACGUGGAAUGCCAAACAGAUGCAUUUUUGGACAAACCACCAACACUGCUCUUUAUUCCUGCCAAAACUGGCAAAGAUGUGGCCACCCAAAUUCUAGAAGGAGAGCUCUUUGACUUUGAUCUUGAAGUUAAACCAAUGUUAGAAGUUUUGGUGGGAAAGACCAUCGAGCAGUCUCUUCUGGAAGUAAUGGAAGAAGAAGAGUUGGCGAACCUGCGGGCCAGUCAGUGCGCACAUGAGGAGUUACGCAAUGUCGAGCUUGCGGAAGUUCAGAGACUUGAAGCGCGAGAGAGACGACACCGAGAGGAAAAAGAACGUCGUAAGCAACAGCAGUGGCAAGUGGUUCACAAGCAUAACGAGACUGCACAGAAAAUCGCCGCCCAAGCGUUUGCACAGCGUUACCUGGCCGACCUUCUCCCUUCUGUUUUCAGCAGCCUCAGGGAUGGUGGCUACUUUUAUGAUCCUGUUGAAAGAGAUAUUGAGAUAGGAUUCCUUCCAUGGCUAAUGAAUGAAGUUGACAAAACCACGGAGUGCAGCAUGGUUGGAAGAACAGUGGUUGACAUGUUGAUUCGUGAGGUGGUUGAGAAACGACUGAGUCUGUAUGAGCGUAAGGAGGACAAGCACUCUUCUCUGAAACCUGAGGAUGGGCUCAGUGGUCCUGGAGGAAUGAGAGAUCCACUGGUGGGCUACGAAUCCCAGGAUCACGGUGCAUCACAGGCACAGAGGCCACUUCCAGACAGAGACUCCCUGCAAAGAACACCAUAUGAUGCAAGGUAUAUGGAGAGAGUGUCAUCCCAAGACAGGAAGCUUAUGGAAGAAGAGGACGAGCAAACAGAAAUGAGGAAAUCCUUCAGGAGUAAAGAACCGUUGCAGUAGAGGGGAGCUUCGGAGCCGUGGAACCCAUCAGCAGCCAGUCAGCAUCGUGAGCAAUCAGGUAAUGAUGCGCGAGUCCCCUCAGGUUAUGCAUUAGGUUGUGUUUAGUCAACAUGUCUUCUUGUCUAAUGGACUGAGCAAAUCCAAUACGUUGAAAUAAUAAAACUAAUUUUUAAAAUGAAA